ACAACUUCUCCUGCUGAAGGAAUUAUCGCACACAGACAGUCUGGUUACCGCUGCUGACGAGCUUCGUGAAAAUGUCUGAGAACGCGGAUCGUCUGAACAAGUUCAAGAACAAAGGCAGAGAUGCAAAUGAGCUUCGACGCAGGAGAGUGGAGGUGAACGUGGAGCUCCGCAAAGCGAAGAAAGAUGACCAGAUGUUCAAGAGAAGAAAUGUGGCCGCGUUUCCUGACGAGGCGACUUCUCCACUGCAGGAGAGAAGUCAGAACUGUCAGGCUGCCAGGCAGUGGACUGUAGAAGAGAUUGUCGCAGGAGUGAACAGUGACAACCCCGAGUCCCAGCUCCAGGCUACACAGGCUGCACGAAAACUGUUGUCACGUGACAAGCAUCCUCCCAUUGAUCAACUGAUCAGCGCUGGUCUGAUUCCCAAGUUUGUCUCGUUCCUGGGGCUGGUGGACUGUCCUCCAAUUCAGUUCGAGGCCUCUUGGGCCCUGACCAACAUUGCCUCCGGGACGUCUGACCAGACGGUUGCUGUCGUUGGAGGCGGAGCCGUUCCUGCCUUCAUUAGCCUGAUUACAUCCCCCCACCAGCAUAUCAGCGAACAAGCUGUCUGGGCUCUUGGAAACAUUGCUGGUGAUGGAUCGGCUCUUAGAGACAAGGUCAUCAAGCAUGGAGCUGUGGCCCCUCUGCUCAGUCUGAUGGCAGUCCCUGAUCUGUCCAUGUUUAAUACCGGCUAUGUGAGAAAUGUGACAUGGACGCUGUCAAACCUCUGCCGCAACAAGAACCCCUCCCCACCUUUGACUGCCAUCCAGGAGAUCUUACCCGCUCUCAUCCGUCUACUGCACCACGAUGAUCUGGAGGUCUUGGCUGAUGCGUGUUGGGCCGUUUCUUACCUAACAGACGGCUCAAAUGACCGCAUCCAGGUGGUGGUCCAAACUGGCGUAAUUCCCCGCCUUGUGAAGCUGCUCGGCUUUGAUGAGCUGUCUAUCAUUACCCCCGCACUGCGUGCCAUUGGCAACAUUGUGACCGGGACAGAUGAGCAGACUCAAGCAGUUCUUGAUUCAGGGGCCCUGUCCAUGUUCCAUCGACUGCUGCGGCACAAAAAAGCCAACAUCCAGAAAGAGGCAGCCUGGACUCUGUCCAACAUCACUGCAGGAAGAGACGGCCAAAUCCAGGAGGUCAUAGACGCCGGCCUUGUUCCAUAUAUGAUUGAAACUCUUGCACGGGGUGACUACAAAACUCAAAAAGAGGCUGUAUGGGCCAUUACAAAUUUCACCAGCGGGGGCAGUGUUCAGCAGGUGGUUUUUCUGGUUCAAGCCAAUGUGCUUGAGCCUCUUUUGAAUCUACUCUCCUCAAAGGACAGCAAAAUUAUCCUCGUCAUCUUGGAUGCCAUCACCAACAUCUUCCUGGCUGGAGAUAAAAUUGGGGAGUCAGACAAGCUGAGUCUCAUGAUGGAGGAAUGUGGUGGACUGGACAAGAUAGAAGGCCUGCAGUCCCAUGAGAAUGAGAUGGUGUACAAAGCGGCUCUCAACCUGAUUGAGAAGUACUUUUCUGAAGAGGAGGAGGAGGUACAGAGUGUGGCCCCGGAAUCAACCACUGAUGGUUAUGCUUUCCAAAUCAGUGAAAACCAAAGCACUUUCAACUUUUAGGUGACUUUCUAACCCCUGUACUGUACUCUCAUCACUAAAACUGCUGUUUGUCCUUUUCUAUGUGUGUCUUUGUAUGUACUGUACAUACAGUUUUUUUUUUUAAUGUGACUGAAAAACAUGUAAAUAAAGUUGUCAUAUUAUG